AAAGUGUGGAGGUGAUGAAGGAGGUUGUUCUCUUCUUCUUAAUGUCUUUAACUCUCCCUCAGGUCGCCGACUCCCCCCACACCCGUGAGGCGGAGAUCAGAGUCCACCUGAAGCUGGUGGAGGAAGAGGCCAACCUGCUGAGUCGACGCAUCGUGGAGCUGGAGGUGGAGAACAGGGGGCUCCGAGCUGAGAUGGACGACAUGAAGCAAGAUUGCCCUCAGGACCUAAGUGGUGUUGGCGGUGGUUUGGGGUCAGGUCUUGGCCUAGGAGGAGCCAUGGUUCUUGGGGGCGGGGCUUCGUCUGAAAACGUCAUGGAGCUCCAGAGACACCUCCAGUUUGUGGAGGAGGAGGCGGAGCUUCUGAGGAGGUCUCUCAUCGAGAUGGAGGAACAGAACAAACUCCUGAUGAACGAGAUUAACCGCUACAAAUCUGACUUCCCGCCUCCAACGUCCUCCAUGUCGUCUAACUCAUUGGACGGGCUGCUCAACGACAGCCCGGUGCACUCCAUACAGGAAGGGGCGGUGCUUAUCAGCACAGACGCCCCCGCCCACGAGGAGGAGCUCAGACUGGCGAGGCUUCAGAUUGGAGAGCUGGGCGGGAAGGUGAAGAAGCUGCAGUACGAGAACCGAGUGCUUCUGUCUAACCUGCAGCGGUGCGAUCUGGCCUCCUACAACGCUCCUUCCUCCUCUUCCUCUUCCUACUCACUACGACUGGCUCUGGAGACGGACGCAGAGGCCGGGGACUCAGCUGAGUGCCUCCCAAGCCCGCCGCACCGCAAAGAGCCGGUGGGGGGGGAGACCGACACUCUGGAGAUGAAGGAGCGGAAAAAGAAGAUCGAGGACAACGCUGACGCAACCACCUCGCUCCCCGGGUACCUGGGGCAGAAGGACCAUGAUGCCUUGCUGGCCAUGAGGGACCAGGCUCGCUUGGUUUCCACGGCGAUACAGCUCCUGACCUCCCCCGAGUCCAACUGCCUCUCCUCUUCCCCCUCCAUCUAUCACAAGGUCUGCAGCAGCGACGCAGCGGAGUCGUGUGACCUGGAGAAACCUCACAGCCAGAUUUGCGAGCUGUCUGACCUGGCGGACCGGCCCCUGGUGGGGGCUCUGACCAGCCGGCUCCAGGCCCUCCACACGCAGCUCCAGGCCUUUGUGGAGCGGGUGGACAGCCAGGGGAAAACCCCCGCAGGUGGAAGGGACCCUCAGGUGGAAGGAGCGUCUCCUCUGCCCCCCCCCUGCUCUGGAGAGGAGCAGGAUGUACUGAACACUACUGUGGAGAAGUUUUGUGUUUGGUCAAGUGCCUUUCCAUUAGUUUGGCUGAAAACCCUCCCAAUCCCAUCUGCUGUAGUUUCUCCUCACAGUGGAGAAUGGAUUUACAAAACACGCUCAAAUCGGAAAUACCACUGCAAUUUUAUCAUUGCGUUUUAAUUUAUUCUGAUCUGUUUAUGACUCUUUUGCCUAUCCAUUCUAUAGGCACCUAACAUGAUCAGUGUAAGUUGACAAAUAGCCCCAUGUUACAUUUGUAAAUGUCCCCGCUGUGGGACUAAUAAAGGAUUUCUGAUACUAAUAUUGGUGUAUUAGAUGUAUUCAGAUUUGAGCGUCCAGUGUAACCCUCUCCACCUGAGGCCCCCCGUGUCCUCUGCAUGCUGUCCAAUGCUUCCUAACCUGGUGCAUGGAUGCUGCUUUAGGCCUCAAAUGGAGCCUGUUAGUAUGAAUUGACCUAAUAAAGUUAUCAGGAGCACAUAAAAGCACCAUUUAUUUAUAUACAUUUCUUCAUCAACAUUUCAUAAAACAUGCAGCCUGGGUUUAGUGUGAUUGAGUAAUAGAGUUACAUUUGUAUCCAUAGAUUCCCUUUUUUUCAUUUGUAGUGAAACGGAAUGCGGCAUCAUAAUUUAAACGACUGUGACAACUAUAGAAUAGAAAAGAAUAUGUUUAAAAGCACUAAAUAGGACAGUGUUGGUUUUAUUAUUUAAACCUUUAAAGGAACCUAGUUUCUGAGGUUGUCAAUUUCAGCUCUGUAGACGUCAUCAUAAGAGAUAUAUUUGUAUAAACACAACACUUAGAAAUGUACUUCAUAUUUCCAUGGCUAAAAUCCAACAUCUGUAGUCCGAAGACUAAUAUUAAACAAUCUGAGACAUUAAAAUCCAUCAAUUGUAUGCAAUAUAAUAUAUUGGUAGUGAAACCUACGUGGGUUUAUUAUUGAAAGAGGUGUCAAUACAGAUUUCUCAAAGCUGCAGAUGAGACAGUGAGCUUGCUCUAAAGAGAUUUCCAAUCAUGCUUCAUAAAUCAGAUUUCACGUCUAUAAUUUUCCUCUGGGAAAUAAUUUUUGCGUUACGGUUGAUUGUCUAUUAUUUAUGACUUAGUGUGAGCAUCUCAUUUCUAUGUAAUGGUCAAAAUGCAAUCAAAAGAAUGACAGUUAUAGUAACACAUAGGAACAGUUUUAUAAAACAGUACCCAUCCUUUUUUAUAUUUAAAAAUGUUGUCGCUAAAUUGCAACUUUUAUCCGCGUAUCAACAAAUCCCAAAAAUUAUGGAUAUUUCUGCAAUUUGCUUUACUGCCUUUACAGGGAAAAAGUAUUUCUUAUAAAUACAAAUCUAUAAUUUGGAUAAGGAUGUGAGGAAAUUGCGCUAAGUUUUAAGAGGAUACAUUUUUAUGUUUAGACUCCAUUAGAGGCCGAUACUGAGUCCCAACACCCCUCCAAUCUCUCAUUCCUUGUCCCUCUCCCCUUCCCUCCGUCCUUCCUUCUUCCCUUUUUCCUCACUGCAUGGGCACCAUAACGGUCGGUUUCUGCACUUCACUUCCAUCGCCCUCUUCCCCUUCUUUGAAACUCCUCACACCUCCUCCUCUUUGUUAUCUCCUUAACUGCUUCACUACUUCAUACUCUUGACUCCUCCUUGCUCACCUCAAAUCCCGUUCCUUCCCUUGUUCCCGCUCUUCCUUCUUUUCCUUUGUCCUUGCUUUGCUUCCCCAUCUGCACAUUUUUUUCUUUGUUCCCCUUCGCUCUGAUUCUUUAUCAUAACCGCCUUACUACUUAUUCUUUAUUUCCCCCCUCUCUCUCUUUCCCUUCCCUAACUCCCAUGACUGUUACUCCCCUGUCUUUCCUUUUCCCUACUCUUCCAUUUCCAUUUCUUCUCCUCCAGCCAUUCAUUCUGCCCUCCAUCCUCCUUUUCUUCCUUUUCUCCACUCUCUCCUUCUCCUCUUCGACCAAGCUCUUUUUUCUUUACAUCCUUUUCUUUGUCUUGUGAGAUCCAUAUCAACUGUUUUAUUUAAUUGUUUUCAUUGUCUUAAUGUUAUCAUACGGAUGGACACAAUUUUGGUUGAAUUAUUCUUAUUGUUGUGUUUUUUUGUCUUUUUUUCUUCAUUUUCUUUAUCACGACACAACGUCUCCUCCUCCCUUGUCCCUUCUUCUUUCCACUGUUUUUGUUUUAUUUUUUAUUUGUUUUUUUCUUUAUUCAUUAACCUGCCCAUGCAUGCAUGCAGCAGCCUGAUUAUAGGGACGAAUCAGAGACCAAGGUAAGAGGUCAAACUGAGGAGGACAGCCAAUCAGACAGCCAGGAGAUGCAAAAGCAGGAAGAC